CGAUGUGGGAUGGGCGUCAUGUCGAGUGAGUGAAGCUUUUUUGCCCCGACAGUGAUAAUGAACGGUGAUAUCGCUUCCGAGGAACAUGGCGAUCUAGCGAUUUUCAAGUGAGCGUCGUAUAAGCGUUUAUCGCGCAAGCACUGAACGAUUCAUCGUUCGUCGCGGUCGCCGAAUUUCUCGGCCCCCUUGGCGCUUGUUGCAGAGUUGCAAUAAGAAACCAACUGUCGAAUAAAUCUGCACAAGAAACGGAAAAUUCGAAUAGUCUGACAGCACCCUGUCAUUUCGUGUAUCAUAUUUCGACUUGGAUCUUCGACAACGCGAGACUCAUCCGAUAGCAAAAGAAAAAAUGGCUCGGGAAUACGACCACUUGUUCAAGCUGCUCAUCAUCGGGGAUAGUGGUGUAGGGAAAAGUUCGCUGCUAGUAAGAUUUGCAGACAACACUUUUUCCGGCAGUUACAUUACCACGAUAGGGGUGGACUUUAAAAUACGGACGGUGGAGGUAGACGGUGAGAGAGUGAAACUCCAGAUAUGGGACACGGCUGGUCAGGAACGUUUCCGGACAAUAACUUCCACUUACUACAGGGGGACGCACGGCGUGAUUGUCGUCUACGACGUCACCAGUGGCGAUUCAUUUGCCAAUGUCAAGAGAUGGUUGCACGAAAUAGAGCACAAUUGCGAGGUGGUCAACAGGGUCCUAGUAGGAAAUAAAAACGACGCGCCCAACAGGAAGGUUGUCCUUACUGAGGACGCACAACGAUUCGCCUCACAAAGUGGAAUUCAGUUGUUCGAAACCUCCGCCAAGGACAACGUCAACGUUGAGGAGAUGUUCACAGCGAUAACACGUCAAGUUCUACGCACAAAGAAAGAGCAUAAAGAACGUCAGGCGAUACAAACAAGCGAAACAGUGAACUUGAGAAAAGGGACGAAGCAACAUAGAAAAAGGUUCUGUUAGCACAACAUCCCACGUAUACGAAACCGAGAAAGAAGAAAUUAAAGAGAGAAUUUAUAAUAAUGAAGACACAAAAAGAAGAAGCCUAACUAUCCUUGCGAGUAUCAUUAUCGUUUAAAGGAUAAUAGGACAGAGCAAAGCAGAAAGUCAUAAGGACGUUAAAGCUUUCUGUGAUAAUCCGUGAUAGUAGUCGAAAUACCAAUAUGGCUAUUCCUAUUAUUCCUUCAAUAAUGACAAGUAUUGUUAUGUUACGUUUCGUUGUGUUACGUUAAUUUUAAUCUCAUAUCUCUCGCUCUCUUCUAUCUUUUCGGCAUUUUCUCUGUUUUACCCAUCCCACUUCGUCCAUCCCUUCGUCUAUCAUCGGAUACUCCUCGCGUCAGGAUCGAAAACUCGUGUCGACAUACAAAAUAUGUACAUACACAGUAUUACGAGAAAAGAAAAGAAAAUUAAAAUAAUAAAAAGGCUCCUCGAUUGAUUAAACCGAGAGAGCGCACUUUCGACAACCUACCGCAGUUAUAAACAAAUUGUAUUGUAAUAAUAACGGUAAUUAUUAUACAUUUAUAUUAUAAAUACAUAGGAAUCUACGUAGUA